AUGGAAGUUCAAGGCGCAGUAAAUCUUUCCUUCAGUCAACAUCGUGUCGCACUCUGGCCGGCCAUACAGCAAAUACUCCCUAACGGUUUCGUCACUGUUCGAGCAGAGCUUCCGGAGGACUAUAUAGUCGAUAUUGAAAAUAGGCGAGCGCACUUGCCGAUACACAUCGAUCGUCCCUACGGCACUGUCCCUGAGAGCUGGCUGAUGAGCCUCCCGCAAUCGGCAGUCAAAGGCCUUGCAGAUGCCUAUUUUGCCGUCUUCCACCGUAACACGCCGAUUCUUGACAAGUAUCAUUUCUUCUCAAGCACACUAGGCACAGCUAUGGAGAACGAGUUCGGGUACGACGUGGAGUCUGCGCUGGUACUCAACGUGCUUGCCUUAGGUUGCUUAGCUGUCAAGGCUCACGAGGAAGGCGACUUUGCUCUUCCCUCGCGCCACUCUCCAGCCAGACGUGGCUUCGUGCACCCGGAUUGGUACGAACUCGUUGCAGAUGAUCCACCGGGGCUCAAAUUCUUCAACGAAGCAAGGCAUCGCUUCGGCUUCCUCAUGUGCGAUAACGACGUUCAAGCAGGUCAGUUUUACAUGCUUUCGACUCUGUAUUAUGCUCAGAUUCUCCGGCCUCUCGAUUCUUGGACCACCGUGAACAGGGCGGCCCUCUGUUGCGCUAGCAUUCUCACCCGCACGGGAGCGAUUGACUAUGACACAUGGGAGGGCGAUAUGUUAUCACGACUGUUUUGGUGUACUUUGAUGUACGAAACAGUCAUCACGCAGGAACUGGACCUACUUCCGCAUAGCGGCCUGUUAGACUACGAGCCAGAUACGCCUCUACCGAAGUUUACCCAAUGCCCACGGCCAAAGACGUCCAUAUCGGGAUUGCUUACCGAUGAAGAGGACUCCUUCUUCAACUUCCACUUCCUCGCUCAAGCGGCCCAUCGCAUCAUCCUGACACGCGUGAAGCAGAGCCUGUAUACCUUUGCGGAGAAAGACGGCUACCCCAGCGCCAGUUUGACAGCCGAAAUGCAUCACCAACUAGAGCAGUGGCGCGCAAACCUCCCACCGUCGCUCCAAUUCUCCGACACCGACAACGCAAGUGACUCGCCCAGCCCUGCACACGUCAUCGCGAAGGCCAUGCUGCGAAGUCGCUACCUCGUCGCUAAGUUCCACAUCGGCCGUCCGUUCCUCUACAAAGCGCUGCAUGCACCAGCGUACACCAGUGAUGCAGAGUACAACGAGGUGCGCGAGGGUCUGCGCGGUGGGAUGUACUGGCCAACUACCAUGGGUCUUUGCACGCAAAUGUUGUCAGCUCUACCAAUCAAGUUUGGGUGGUGUUGUCAGUGCUUUGGACAGGUGCUAUUGUUUCACGCCGUAGCGCAGUCGCCAGACCCAAGAUUACGAGAAACGCUGCCGGAAGGAUGGCGCGAGUGGGUAGGUAUCAUGAUGAGCCUGAUCGAGAGUUGUGCGAGAAGCAGUCCUGGUAUUGCAAAGGACUACGAGCUAUUGCGCUUGUUGGACGCCUAG